AUGGAAAAAGGAAAGGAAGACAAUGACAAGGAUGGAAAAAAGGACGAAAAAAAAGAUGUAGAAGAGCCCUCCGUAAAAGUCUUCAUCCGCCCCUUAGAGGUCACAGUUCCAGCCGACUACUUAUUCCAGAAGCCAGAAGAGCCUCCGAAAACCUACUGGUCAACAAUGACAUCUCACAUAGCCACCGAAACAUCCAUCAAAAGAUGGUCGAUUCCUGAAGUUGUGAAAGAGGAGGGAAAACCACCUGGACCGGAAGACUUCCCAUCAACUAAACAAGGGAGAGAGCAAGAAGGAAGAGUUAUUGGCAUCACUCCAAACUACAAAAUUGGAGAAGGACAACCAAACUCUGAGUUCAACCUCGGAAAGACUGGAUAUUUGCCAAAUGGACAAGGCGAUUAUAAAAUGACUUCUUUGCAAGAGACAUACAAACAAACAUUGAUUGAUCCAAAGGUUAGCUUCUGUUUUACUGGUUUCUGUUAUCCUGGUCCAAAAUCUGGGCCUUGUCCGCGGCCUCCUGGUGGUCCUCCUGGUCCUCUUCGGUCUGGGAAAUCACCAGACGGCCCGAAGUCUGGUCCUUGUCCUCCACGUCCUCCUUGUGGUCCUCCUGGUCCUCUACGGUCUGGGAAAUCAUCAGAUGGUCCGAAGUCUGGUCCCUGUCCUCCACGUCCUGGUCCUCCUGGUCCUCUACGGUCUGGGAAGUCGUCUUGUGGUCCGAAAUGUGGUCCCUGUCCUCCACGUCCUCCUGGUGGUCCUCCUUGUCCUCUACGGUUUGGGAAAUCGUCGGAUGGUCCCUGUCCUCCCCGUCCUCCACGUCCUCCUGGUGGUCCUCCUGGUCCUCUACGGUCUGGGAAAUCACCGGACGGUCCGAAGUCUGGUCCCUGUCCUCCACGCCCUCCACGUUCUCCUGGUGGUCCUCCUGGUCCUCUACGGUUUGGGAAAUCGUCGGAUGGUCCCUGUCCUCCACGUCCACCGCGGCCUCCUGGUGGUCCUCCUGGUCCUCUACGGUCUGGGAAAUCACCGGACGGUCCGAAGUCUGGUCCUUGUCCUCCACGGCUUCCACGUCCUCCUGGUGGUCCUCCUGGUCCUCUGCGGUCUGGGAAAUCACCAGAUGGUCCAAAGUCUGGUCCUUGUCCUCCACGGCUUCCACGUCCUGGUCCUCCUGGUCCUCUACGGUUUGGGAAAUCGUCGGAUGGUCCCUGUCCUUCACGUCCUCCCCGUCCUGGUCCUCCUGGUCCUCUACGAUCUGGGAAGUCGUCUUGUGGUCCGAAGUCUGGUCCCUGUCCUCCACGUCCUCCUGGUGGUCCUCCUUGUCCUCUACGGUUUGGGAAAUCGUCGGAUGGUCCCUGUCCUCCCCGUCCUCCACGUCCUCCUGGUGGUCCUCCUGGUCCUCUACGGUCUGGGAAAUCACCGGACGGUCCGAAGUCUGGUCCCUGUCCUCCACGCCCUCCACGUUCUCCUGGUGGUCCUCCUGGUCCUCUACGGUUUGGGAAAUCGUCGGAUGGUCCCUGUCCUCCACGUCCACCGCGGCCUCCUGGUGGUCCUCCUGGUCCUCUACGGUCUGGGAAAUCACCGGACGGUCCGAAGUCUGGUCCUUGUCCUCCACGGCUUCCACGUCCUCCUGGUGGUCCUCCUGGUCCUCUGCGGUCUGGGAAAUCACCAGAUGGUCCAAAGUCUGGUCCUUGUCCUCCACGGCUUCCACGUCCUGGUCCUCCUGGUCCUCUACGGUUUGGGAAAUCGUCGGAUGGUCCCUGUCCUUCACGUCCUCCCCGUCCUGGUCCUCCUGGUCCUCUACGAUCUGGGAAGUCGUCUUGUGGUCCGAAGUCUGGUCCCUGUCCUCCCCGUCCUCCACGUCCUCCUGGUGGUCCUCCUGGUCCUCUACGGUCUGGGAAGUCAUCGGAUGGUCCGAAGUCUGGUCCUUGUCCUCCACGUCCUCCUGGUGGUCCUCCUGGUCCUCUACGGUCUGGGAAGUCAUGGGAUGGUCCGAAGUCUGGCGCCUGUCCGCCACGUCCUCCACGUCCUGGUCCUCCUGGUCCUCUGCGAUCUGGGAAGUCAUCAGACGGUCCGAAGUCUGGUCCUUGUCCGCCACGUCCUCCACGUCCUGAAUCUCCUGGUCCUCUGCGAUCUGGAAAAUCGUCGGAUGGUCCCUGUCCUCCACGUCCUCCACGUCUUCCUGGUGGUCCUCCUGGUGCUCUACGGUCUGGGAAGUCAUCGGAUGGUCCGAAGUCUGGUCCUUGUCCUCUACGCCCACCCUGA